AUGGCUAAAAGAGAAAAUAAUUUUAUCUUUGGAGAUACAUUAGGAGAAGGAUCAUUUGGUGCUGUUAUUCUUACGACAGAUAAAGACGACAAUAAACAAUAUGCAACUAAAAUUCUUGAUAAACAACAAAUUAUAAAAUUAAAAAAACAUGCAACAGUAAAAAGAGAAAGGGAUAUUAUGUCAAUGUGUCAUUCACCAUAUAUAGUCAAACUAUUUUAUACAUUUCAAAAUCCAACAUCAUUAUUUUAUGUUUUAGAAUUAUGUCCUAAUAGAGAUAUGAAAUAUUAUUUUCUUAAAUAUGGCUCUUUUAGCGAAAAAGUUACUCAAUUCUAUAUCUCUGAAAUUACAAUGGCAUUAAAAUAUCUUCAUUCAUUAAAUAUUAUUCAUAGAGAUCUUAAACCUGAAAAUAUAUUACUUGAUCGUAAUAUGCAUAUUAAAAUUACAGACUUUGGAACUGCUUGUGUUCAAACUCCAAAUGACCCUCCUAGAAAAAGUAGUUUUGUUGGUACACCAGAAUAUGUUGCACCAGAAAUUAUUAAUGGACAAAUUGGUUUUAGUAAAGCAGUAGAUAUGUGGUCACUUGGAUGUAUGUUAUUCCAAUUCCUUACUGGAGAAUUUCCAUUUAGAGGAAAGAGUGAUAAAUUAACAUUUGAUGCUAUUAAUGCAUGUGCACCAUCUUAUCCUCAUAAUAUGCCAGUUAAUGCAAAAGAUCUUUGUCAAAAAUUAAUGGUACUUGAUAUGAAUAAUAGAAUUGGUGUAAAAUCAACAGAUGAAUUAUUAUCUCAUCCUUUCUUUACAGGUAUUCAAUUUGACUCUCUUCUUCAACAAACACCACCACCAUUUGAAGCAGGAAUGGCUAUUCCUAAAAUUGAAGAUUUUAUAUAUCCCGGAUUAUUAAAAGAAGGUGAAAAAGUUAUUUUAUAUCGUACAGUAUAUAAACGUAAAGGAAUUAGUAAUACUAAACGUGACUUAAUUUAUACUGACCUUCCUCGUCUCUUUUAUUGUGUUUCUAAAACUCCUAAUAUUAAAGGUGAAAUUCCUCUUACUAAAGAUACUUCUUAUUUCAUUAAAAGUGGAUCACAAUUUAUUAUUAGAGUACCUGGCAGAGAUUAUCAAUUAGAAGAUUGUCUUGGAGAACCUCAAGUAUGGAUUAAUGCAUUUGAUGCUACUUGUCAUAAAUGGAAAUAA